CUGGGCAUGUGGUUCAUGGGAUUCUUCCGGCACAAACAAUGAAUGCACUCGAGGAGGUUUACAGAAUCGCAAGAGCUCAAACACUUAUUGCUCUAUGCAGUACUGUUCCAGGCUACUGGUUUACAGUGGCACUCAUUGAUAGGAUAGGAAGAUUUGCAAUUCAAUUGAUGGGAUUCUUCUUUAUGACUGUCUUCAUGUUUGCUCUUGCCAUUCCUUAUGAACAUUGGACUCAUAAGGAUAACCGUAUAGGAUUUGUUGCAUUGUAUUCAUUGAUCUUCUUCUUUGCAAAUUUUGGGCCAAAUGCUACCACGUUUGUUGUGCCGGCAGAGAUUUUUCCUGCUAGAUUUCGAUCUACUUGCCAUGGAAUAUCAUCAGCAGCGGGGAAACUCGGGGCUAUAGUUGGUGCAUUUGGGUUCUUGUAUUUGGCACAAAACAAGGACAAGAGUAAAGCUGAUGCAGGGUACCCAGCCGGUAUUGGGGUGAAGAAUUCUUUGCUUCUGUUGGGUGUGGUUAAUAUUUUGGGCUUCUGUUUUACUUUCUUGGUGCCUGAGGCAAAUGGAAAAUCUUUGGAGGAGAUGUCAGGUGAGAAUGAGGAGGAAGCUGGAACCUCUGUAGAGUUAGAGCAAUCCCAUUCUUAUAACAUAAUUUAUUCAUUUUUCUCUCUAUGA